GUGAAAGCACCGCGCCAACGUCGUCUGGCCCCGACAGGUAGUUCUCUGCUCGCCAUAUGUUCCACCACGCGCCAGCUCAGUGUUGUUGCCCUGUUUCUGGCGGAUUACCGACGCAUCUGAGGCCACCACACCGACCAUGAAGUCGUGCACAGUACGAUCAGCAAGCUGAAGUCUACGAGUACGCUCACCGCAGGAAGCAAUCCACCCGGGCGGCUGGUCAACGAUCAGAGGGUUGCGCUGCUGGAUUGAUGCGUCAGACAAGCAGUAUUACAAGUCCAACGAUGAUACGACAGCAAAGGUCACAAAAGAUAAACCGCCCUGCACUGCGCGCUCACUGGAGUCGAGCGGCGAGGGACCGAGACUCCAUAUGUGAGUCUGGCGGCAUACUCACGACAUGGGGUCUUGUUGCUCUGCGCCCCACUCGUUGCCGUCAACGUAACGGCCAUACACUGGCCGACAUCGAGGUUAGCAGUCAGAGCCACUGGAAGCUCGGCCAGCUCGUCACGGAGCAUGGCUCACCUGGACCGUGUGCGCGCGCGGUCCAGGACGGUCCAUCGCUAUGCCUCCCUACUUCGCGACUGUGGUUAGGUUUCAGGGCGUCUUUGCAGAAUCUGAACGGCAUCGGCGCCGUGUACGCAGCGUAUGCGCAUGGGCCCUCACCGGUAUUAUGCCGCGGCCACGCGGGAAACUCGUUCCGCUCGACGACAACGCCAGCACGCGCGACAUCAUCACGAAUACGCUGCUCUACUCUCCGAGGUGUCUAUCAUCGUGUUGGCCGCUCAAGCCUUGUAGGCGUCCAGUACGUAGUGAUACAGGGUAGCAGUCUGGCCGUGGAUCAUAUUAACGCAAUUCCGUUCUGCACCGCCGUGCAAGGGGUGAUAGCCAGUUUGACUCUGACUGCUGGCGAGCCUCAAGACCGGGCGCAGACGUCGAGUCGGCGGUCUGUCUGUUGCCGGAACUUAUCAACUGCGUCUCUUCCGGAUCCGCUGCCUGGGUGGCAUGUCGCUGGGGCCUGGGCGCAUCAGUUGGCACUGGGUUGGUAGCCCCGUCGAACGCGAAUGUUCAGCGGUUCCUUUGCGGCAUCCACGGGACGCAUCGCACAGAGCAGAAUGUGCCAUGCGGGACU